UUUUCCAAAAACAAAACCAAAACAAAUUGAAAAUGUUUCGACAAAGAUUUCUAAUUUUUUCAUCAAUUUUGCUUUUGACAUCGAUGAUCAAUUGUCAAACAUUGCCACCGAAUGUAACAAAUAUUUUGAAUCAAUUGCUGGAACAAUCAUUAGCUGAUCAACAACAAAAUAUCAAUGGUGAUGGUGGUGGUGAUGGCUCCAAUUCGUCAUUGACACCGGCAAAUUUAUCCGAAAUUGUCAGAAUUUUCGUUCAAUUUCUGGUUGCAAUUUUUAAUGCAUUUCAACGAGUUUUUGCCCAGUCACCAAUGCUGCGUAAUGAUAUUGUUUAUAAAUCAUGGAAUGACCAGGAUCUGGUUUACAACCAAAACAUAAGUUUUGAAAAAGUUCUUGAAGAACGUAAAGAAAAAUUUGAUCAAAUUUUCAAUACGGUACAACGAUUCAAGCGUGGAGCCAUUGGAACAAUGUUUGAAAAUUUUAGUGAAAAAGAUGUAGAAAAUUUAUUGGAAAAAUUUCUGAAGAAUACACAAAACAACAAUAACAAUGAUAACAAUUUGACAAGAAUCAAAAGAAAUUUGCAACAAUUUAUCAAUCUUGAACAGUUGUUCGAUAGUGACACUAUUGAAAAAUUAUUGCAAAAUUAUAUUGCACCAAUCAAGUCCAAUUGAUUUUCAUUUUUUGUAGAAAAUUGCCAAAAU